CUGCUUCACAAUAAUGCCCAUGGCUUGCCAAAGACGUCACUGAUAAAUCGAAGCACAGUUACAUUCUCGCUGGACUGAGUGUCGGGCUGCAGCUAUAAGAAAGGUGGAGGCUAAACAGCGUCAGUGUGUGUCAAGCUGUAAGGAAUUGUGCAUGUGCGUUGACAUGUUCCGUACAGCAACUGUGCCCCUCCCUGUGUGUCUGGCGGUAGUGGUGCUCAUGAUUGUGAUGGUGGUGGGUGUAGGACCGGGCUUGGCCGCGCCGACUGUCCCCACCGCCUUACCCCGUCAGGAGCUCAUGAAGAGCAUUAUGGUGAACCAAAUGGCAAUACUGAAGGGAAUGAAUGAGUCCACCUCCACCUUCGUUCCCAAUGGCGAGGAGGUGAAUCAUCUACACGACAAGAUAGAUUUGGUGAACUGUAGCGUACAAACACGGAUUCAGGAAUUGUCAGAGGAAAUGAAAAACAAAUUAGAUGCAAUGAAUAACACAUUUCAAACAUACAUGGCGGAGAUGAAUGAAAAAGUAAUGAAUGAGACUCAGCGCGUGACGAAGAAGAUUGAGGCUAUACAAAACACCUUCCCUGUCCACCCGCGGCCCGACCCGGCAGACCUGUAUGUCCUACACAACGAUACUGAAAUAUCCACCUGCGACGGCCAUAAAGUGCUUUAUGGAAGUCAAGGCUACUUAGCGGUGUCAGAAAAAACAGAAGGAUACAAAAAUAAUAUGGACUGCUCAUGGGAAGUGACGCUGCCAGAAGGAAGCCGUCCCGUCUUCAACUGGAUUUCCUUCCAAUUAGCCAACAGUGGAUUUUGUAACACCAGCAGUGACUACGUUACAGUGAGGGAUCCUGAUCACCCUACGUUCAACACGUUUUGUAUUGACAAUGCACCAGAUGGAAGUUUCAUAACAGUAAUGAACAACAAAUUCAUCGUGGCGUUUCAUUCGAAUGCCGAGGACACUUCGAAUGGAUUCAAAUUACGCUAUCGAGCCGUGUCGCGGACCUAAGACGAGCAACUCCUUCAAAGAAACCCUUCAGUUAUCAUCCUUAAUCGCAUCCUUGACUUUACCUGUUUUCUUUUAACUUCUUAAAGUGUAGUAGUAGUAGUAGUAGUAGUAGUAGUAGUAGUAGUAGUAGUAGUAGUAGCAGCAGCAGCAGCAGCAGCAGCAGCAGCAGCAGCAGCAGCAGCAG